AAAGUGAAUGCCAGCUUAUAGCGAGAAUUAUUGUGUUAGUCUUUGCGCGGUCGCUCGCUCGCUUGACAUUCUACCAAAAUACGCGGUUUCUGAUUUAAUUUCGUUAGUGUGGACUUUAUUCAAGUGAAACCAGUUUAAUUGGUUCAUAUCGGCGAUUUUUUAAUUUGUGGUGGUGCCUUUUGUUAUGCGAUGUUGGACAAUUUAUUUAUAUUUUAGAGUAGAGCCACUGGAAGAUGAUUUCACGUAGAAGGAUUCUGUCAAAAUCACGUGACGACAUUAACUUUUUAGGCAACACUCCAACCGAUGACACCGAAGACGUAUGGUAUCAAAAAGAAAAAUUAUUUAAGGACCACAUUCACGAAGUAUUAAGCAAAUGGAACCAGAUUGAUGACGAGAUAUGGGCCAAAGUAAUUAUUCUAGAGAAAAACCGAAGAGUUGCAAAAGCAUAUGCCAGAGCUCCAGUGCUUACCAUUAACGGUUCAGAUUCUGGAUUUGAUGGUUUUAGGAUUGGGUUAUCGGGAUUUCAGAAUCCAUUAAGAGACAAGAAGACAGAAGAAUGUCGACGUCACAUCGGCAAUGGAGUGAAAAUCAAAAUGGACGAAUCAGGAAACAUUCUGAUUAAGAGACUAUCUCGAUCGAAUGUUUUUAUUAAGAGAACCACUCUUGAUGAUGAAUGUGCCAUAUCAAAUGAAAUUUUGAAACUUUCUCAUGGAGCUCUUGAAGUCAAUAAGGCCUUUAAAUUGUUUGAUAUGAAAAAAUUUCAGGUUAAUGUAGCUAAUGAAUUAAAAAGGUCGUAUCCAAAUAGAAGACGCUUAGAGAACCAAUGUCUGAGCUCCAUAGUUUUUGUAAAAAAUGAAUCCGAACAACUGAAGUGCCCGAUCUGGAUGUUAGUAAUAAAUAUGGUAGCCAUAGAAAUGCUUAAAUCUCAAAUACCUAUAGACGUAGUGACCAGUAUAAAUACCAGACAUCCGUUGCCUAUUCCACAAGAAGAGGAGACAUAUUCUACUUGCGGUAACGCAAAAAUGGGACCCACUAGUUCGAGAAAUAGUUCGGAUAAUUUUAGAGAUUCAAGUAGUAAUAUUAGUAGUUUAGAAAAUGCUGGUGUGUAUAACAAAUCUGAUAUUCCACCUCAAUUACCGCCUAGAAAACAAAUGGAGUCUUGUAGUAUGGUACAACGAGAUUACCAUCAGGAACUGAAAGCAGUAUCUAGCUCAAUAAAGAGAAUACCAUCUAAGAAAAAUAAAGAUAAAGAUAUAAAAAGAAAUAGGAAAAAAAUGGAUGAUCCAUAUUAUUGCGGUUUUCGAGCACGGAUACCCAACUUUGUAGCUAAGUUAACAGGCAAAAAUAAUACAGGGCAUCAUAAACAACAAAAUCCGAAAAGCCACGACCCCAAUUGUAGGCACUAUCAGUCUAAAAACCAACAGAUUUAUGGUUAUUUACCGUCAGCCAUAGAACAGCAUGUGAGGAAAGUAUCAAACAUUAAACACCCAAAUAUGAAGCCAAGUUCUUUAUGGCAUGCUAAAAGUUUGGAUAGCGGUCUAGAUACAGCUGCUUCUUCCCAAUCUCCGUAUAAUAACUACACAAUGUUCUACAGAUUUCAAGCGCAACCAUCAAGAGGAUAUAUACCAGUACCUCCAGGAACUGUAUAUAUUGGAGAAUGGGAUUAGUCUACUUACAGAUUUGGUACAGAAAAUAUUCACGAAGAAGCCGGUCCUACUAGAUGCUACCAACGUUGGUUCCAACAAUGUAACCAACAUUUGACACAGGUUUCGACAAUAUUGCAAUUGACAAGUGUGUCUCCUACAUGAUGUGGCAAAUGUUCAUACAAUGUCUAACGUUGGAAGGUGUUUACCACAUCGUGUGGGACCGGCUUUAAUCAGGUGUUAUAAA